AUGGAACUCCGUCCUCGUCUUUCCCUUCCCGAUGAUGUGGAUUCCGCGGCUGAGAAGGGGAAGCAGCCGAUGGACGAUUCUGAUGGAAAGGGUGGCAGUGACUCUGAUGAAAGUGAUCUUGAUUGGUUUUUCAAAUCUGAUUCUGAUUAUGAAGCUGAAGACGUUGACAAGCACUUAAAUUUUGACUUGAAUCAAGUCCCAACUUUAAGCGCAAGUGAUUCUGAUAGUGAUUCUUUAGCUAAAAAGAUAAUGGCACUGUCUCGAAAGAGAGGAAGAGAAUCCCUGAUAAAAAUCGAAGACCUGUGUGAAUUAGAGAGAGAGCUGGAGCACGGUGAUGAAGCUCCAAUUGAUUCACCUAAGAAAAAAAAGCAAAAAGCAAAUAAAACAAAAAAGGGAGUUCCUAAGCCAGUGCUGUUAUGGCAUGCUUGGAGAGAUGAACAUGAUAGAUGGAUUGAUCAGAAUUUGUUGGAAGAUGUUAACUUAGAUCAAAGUGAAGUGAUGAAUGAGACGGCUGAGGCAUCGCUAGAUCUGAUUGUUCCUUUGCUGAGGUACCAAAGGGAAUGGUUAGCUUGGGCUUUGAAGCAAGAAAGUUCUGUAAGUAGAGGAGGAAUCCUCGCCGAUGAAAUGGGUAUGGGGAAAACUAUUCAAGCAAUUGCCCUUGUCCUUGCUAAACGUGAAUUUCAACAAAUGAGUUGCGAACCAGAUGAACACCCACAUUCACCCGGGUCAUCUAAAGUCCUUCCUGCGAUCAAAGGAACCCUUGUCAUCUGUCCUGUGGUUGCUGUUACUCAGUGGGUUAGUGAGAUUGAUCGAUUUACUUUGAGAGGAAGCACCAAGGUUCUGGUUUAUCAUGGGGCAAAGAGAGGGAAGAGUGCCGAACAGUUCUCAGAGUAUGAUUUUGUAAUAACAACAUAUUCUAUUGUUGAAUCGGAGUACAGAAGGUAUGUGAUGCCUCCUAAGGAGAAAUGCCUAUAUUGUGGAAAAUUAUUUUACGAGAGUAAAUUAACUAUUCACCAGAAGUACCACUGUGGACCUGGCGCUAUUAAAACUGAAAAACAAUCAAAGCAAACAAAGAAAAUGAAAACUGGUCAGAGUUCAAAGUGGGAUGGAGGGUUGAAGGAGGGCUCUAUCAAGAAGAAGAAGAAGGAAACAUGCUCAAGCAUAGAAGACAAUGAGAAGUCAUGUCUCCAUGCUGUUAAGUGGCAGAGGAUCAUAUUGGAUGAGGCACACUAUAUAAAAUCUAGGCAUUCUAACACUGCAAAAGCAGUUCUUGCUUUAGAGUCUUUCUACAAAUGGGCAUUAAGUGGCACGCCUCUUCAGAACCGUGUUGGAGAACUAUAUUCUCUGGUACGAUUUCUGCAGAUAGUUCCUUAUUCCUAUAACCUGUGCAAGGACUGUGAUUGCAGGACACUUAAUCAUAGCUCUUCUAAACAAUGUUCAAAUUGCCCCCACAGUUCUGUUAGGCAUUUUUGUUGGUGGAACAAAAAUAUUGCCACACCAAUUCAAUCGUAUGGAUAUGGUGAUGGGGGGAAAAGAGCUAUGAUAUUGCUCAAAAACAAAAUUUUAAAGAGCAUAGUGUUAAGGCGAACUAAAGUUGGCAGGGCUGCUGAUCUGGCACUUCCUCCCAGGAUCGUAUCAUUGAGGAGGGAUAGCCUAGAUACAAAAGAACAAGACUAUUAUGAAUCACUAUACAAUGAAAGUCAAGCACAGUUUAAUACGUACGUACAAGAAAAUACUUUGACGAAUAAUUAUGCUCAUAUUUUUGACCUCCUCACACGACUACGCCAGGCUGUGGAUCAUCCUUAUCUUGUGGUGUAUUCUCCAACUGCAGCAGCACUAAAAGGAGGGAACUUGGUUAGUAAUGGUAAUGUUGAAGUAGAAUGUGGCCUUUGUCAUGAUAUAGUUGAAGAUCCUGUGGUUACCUCUUGUGAGCAUACUUUUUGCAAGGGAUGCUUGAUAGAUUUCUCUGCUUCCUUAGGUCAAGUAUCAUGCCCCUCAUGCUCUAAGUUACUCACUGUUGAUUUGACUUCCAACAAGGAUGCUGUGGUUCAUAAAACAACAAUUAAGGGGUUCAGACCUUCUAGCAUUUUAAACAGAAUUCAGAUUGAGAAUUUUCAGACAAGUACUAAAAUAGAGGCAUUGAGAGAAGAAAUUAGAUCUAUGGUUGAAAUGGAUGGUUCUGCAAAAGCUAUUGUUUUUAGCCAGUUCACAUCAUUCUUGGAUCUCAUAAACUACUCCUUGCAAAAGUCAGGUGUAUCUUGCGUUCAAUUGGUUGGAAGUAUGACAUUGGCUGCUCGGGAUGUUGCCAUUAAGAAAUUUACCGACGACCCAGACUGUAGAAUUUUCCUCAUGAGCUUGAAAGCCGGAGGCGUUGCUUUGAAUUUGACCGCAGCAUCUCAUGUUUUUCUCAUGGAUCCUUGGUGGAACCCUGCAGUUGAGCGUCAGGCUCAAGACAGAAUUCACCGUAUAGGGCAAUACAAACCAAUCAGAAUUGUGAGAUUUGUCAUUGAAAACACAAUCGAGGAGAGGAUCUUGAAACUUCAAGAGAAGAAGGAAUUAGUAUUUGAAGGGACUGUAGGUGGUUCUUCAGAGGCUUUAGGGAAGUUAACGGUGGCCGACUUGAAAUUUCUCUUUGUUACCUAG